CGUUGUCCGCGCAUUUUGUUAGCUGCGCUGAGGUAUUGGUUCCCGUGCGUGACGUGCAAUUUCUUUCCACCGACCAGACGCGCAACAACUGAGGUGUCUGGACAAGUCCUUCGGGUUCAAUAUUUCAAACCUCGAACCAACCUUUACCAAUCCCUUUUUUUUCGGCAGCCCAGCCUCAGCAUCCAGUCUCGCAUUUUUCGACCUCACGGACAGACAAGCAACCAUGCCGAGGCCUAUCGAGGCGGACGUGCACAGCGCGUUCAUGGAAUUCCGCAACGCAGCAGACGAAAAGUGCAUGUCAGUCCAGUGCCUCUUCUGCCACCAAGUCCGCGCGAAGAACACGACCAGGCAGAAGCAGCAUCUCGCCCAAUGCACUCAGUACCUCGCCCAGCACCCCGAGGCCGCUGCUGCCAUCAAGUCUUCUCUUGAACAGCAUGCGCAGGGUCAUGAUGGCUCCGCCCACGUCUCCCACGUCUCGGCCGGCCACGGCGGCGUCUCUCAUGGUCCCGCCGGUCACGGUCACGGUCACGGUUCCGGCCAGGACAACGGCGGUAACAACGCCAACCUGAACGCCGGCAACCAGCUUCAGAACCAGCACUCGGCCGCCGCUAAUGCCGGCGCGACCAGCGUCUAUCCCGAGCCCACCUCCCUUGAUCCGCACCAGCACACCAACCUGGGCUUCACCCCGAAUGCGCGCAUCAACGGCACCAGCACCCCCCAUGGCACCGGCACUCCCAUCCCUCAGCACAUUCGUCCCAUGUCCGGUGCAUCGAGCGCUCCUCCCGCCAAGCGUCAGAAGACCAAGCAGACCAACCCCAACUUGCCCGAGAUCCCUCUUGCUGAGGUCCAUGCGGCCUUCGUCGAGUUCCAGGCCAAGGAGGGUGACAAGUGCUUGUCCGCUAAGUGCAUCUACUGCAACCAAGUGCGUGCGAAGAACACGUCUCGCCAGCGCGAGCAUCUGCUCCAGUGCCCUGGCUACCAGGCCACCAUGAAGGAUAGGAUCCCGGCCAACAACCUUCUCCACCACUUCGACGAUGACGAUGUCGCCGCCUCGCUCGCUCUGCCCACUCCCACUCUCGAGCUCGACUUCCGCAUGAGCAUCCGGGUCAAGCCCAAGAUCAACAUUGGCAACGGCACCUACGGCCGUCAGAGUUGGAUCUCUUGCAUUGGUGGCCAAUGGGCUGGUCGCUGGGGCAAGGGCAAUGUCCUGGCCAACGGUCAAGAUACUCAGACCUCUUUUAAGGAAACAGAGACGAAGAUCGAUGCCCGUUACCUGAUCCAGACCAACGACGACCACCCCGCCCUGAUCAUCUGCAAGGUUGAGGGCUGGUGGGUCGGCGAGAAGGAGAUCAUGGAGCGUCUCCAAGACCCGGUCGCCGCAGACAACGUUGCCGCUAACCGCUACAAGUUGCGCGUCACUAUCAAGCUGGAGACCGGCGACGAGCGCUAUGAGGAGCUCAACAGCGGUGUCUGGGUCGGCAGUGGUUGCCGCCGCGGCGCCGAGAUCGUCUACGACGCCUACCGCGUCAACUGAUUGGGACCGGGGAGGACGGAGGAGGACUGACGAGAGGAGUGCGUUGAUGUAAUGCCCCUACUGCGAAAAGUCAUGAUGGAUCAACCGAGGCAGGCCACUCGGUUUGAACGACUUUGAGCGAUCACCUUCUAAUGCUUCUGUAAAUGUUUAUUACGGCGGUAUGACGUCCCGAACAAUGUUACCCACUGAGACUAGAGUUACGCUUGGUCAUGUUUCUUUACGUGACUGACAAGCUGCUUGUCCAGUCAGUGACUGGCAUGUCUCAGCAUACAGAUAGUCAAGCCAUGCGUCUUGAAUCACUCCUUUAUGAUGCCCCCUGAUAUUCAUGCGUGUUUUCGUUCUUUGCUGUUCUUUCUAUACUUGCCUCUUGCUGUUCUUCUCCUGU